CUGAGCAGGGGAGUAGACAGCUCGGCGGCGGCGGCGGAGGGAGUCGAUACGCGCUGGACAGCAGUGGGAGGUGUGUGAUUCUCGCCGCGGCCGCACAGGCUCGGGCGCAACCGCCGGGAGCAAGCACUAGGCGACCGGGCUGCCGGGCCACCGAGCCGAGGCUUCCAAGGCGCCAGCUCAUGGGACUGGCUCACUCGCCAGCGUCUCCCCGCUCUUCUAAGUACCGUGAGCGGGGGCCCGCGCUGAAGUAGAUAGAUAGACGCUGUCGAGGGGGCGCACAGCCCGGAGUCCCAGUGUGGCCCGGAGGAACGGAGUCCGUACCGGGGCAACCCAAUUGGGAGCCUGGGGACCGAGCUCGUGUUGUGGGGAGAUCCCCCUCUCUUCCCAGGGACACCGAACGCAGACCGCUCGAGGCAUCGGAGCGGCUACCGAGUCCUCGGCGGGGAAGCGCCGUCGGCGAAAGGGCGCGCAGUCCCGAAGCUUCUUGGGGAGCCGAGUGGAAUCGAGCGGGAUCACCCGGGGGCGCAGAGCCCCCGUCGCACCUCGUGCGGCGGAGAGGCCAGGGGAGCGAGCCCUCCGAGGCCGCAGCCCAUGCCCGGGUUGGGGGCGUCUGCCCAGUGAGUCCUCCUGGCCGGCGGGGAGGAGAAGAGCGACACCGAAGCCGGCGGCAGGGGAGCACUUCAAGGCCGGCGACUGCGGAGAAUGGGCGCCUGAGCGCUUCGGAGCGCAGCGCGGCACGGCAAGGCGAGGCGAGCUUUCCUAAGGAGGCGCCAGCGGAGCCCGAAGUGCAGCCUGCCCCCAGGAAGAUGGCCCGGCCUGGGCAGCGUUGGCUUGUGGUGAUGGUCGUGCUGGCGCUGUGCCGGCUCGCCACGCCGCUGGCCAAGAACCUGGAGCCCGUGUCUUGGAGCUCUCUCAACCCCAAGUUCCUGAGUGGGAAGGGCCUGGUGAUCUACCCGAAGAUUGGCGAUAAGCUGGACAUCAUCUGCCCUCGAGCGGAAGCAGGGCGGCCCUAUGAGUACUAUAAGCUCUACCUGGUACGGCCCGAGCAGGCGGCGGCUUGCAGCACUGUGCUAGACCCCAACGUCCUGGUCACUUGCAACAGGCCAGAGCAGGAAAUCCGCUUUACCAUCAAGUUCCAGGAGUUCAGCCCCAAUUACAUGGGCCUGGAGUUCAAGAAGCACCAUGAUUACUACAUUACCUCAACAUCCAACGGGAGCCUGGAGGGGUUAGAGAACCGGGAGGGAGGUGUGUGCCGUACCCGCACCAUGAAGAUCGUCAUGAAAGUUGGGCAAGAUCCCAACGCGGUGACGCCUGAGCAGUUGACCACUAGCCGACCCAGCAAGGAGUCAGACAACACCGUGAAGACAGCCACACAGGUCCCUGGUCGGGGCCCGCUGGGUGACUCGGACGCCAAGCAUGAGACUGUGAACCAGGAAGAGAAGAGUGGUCCAGGUGCGGGAGGCAGUGGUGGAAGUAACGACCCCGACAGCUUCUUCAACUCCAAGGUGGCACUGUUUGCGGCUGUUGGAGCAGGCUGUGUCAUCUUCCUGCUCAUCAUCAUCUUCCUCACGGUUCUGCUACUGAAGUUGCGGAAACGGCAUCGCAAGCACACACAGCAGCGGGCAGCCGCGCUCUCGCUCAGCACCCUGGCCAGCCCCAAGGGGGGCAGCGGCACGGCAGGCACUGAGCCCAGCGACAUCAUCAUCCCCUUACGGACUACAGAGAACAACUACUGUCCCCACUACGAGAAGGUGAGUGGGGACUACGGGCACCCCGUCUACAUCGUCCAGGAGAUGCCUCCACAGAGCCCGGCAAACAUCUACUACAAGGUCUGAGGGCCCCGUGCAGCCUUGGGCCCCCACCCUGGAGGGACAAGUCGGCCUGGACCGGACCUCUCCUUUGUCUCCUGUGUCCCUCUCCCCUUGCCAGCUGUGCCCACCUUUCUAUUUAGUUUUUUUGUAGUUUCUUGGCUUUUAUAUUUCUCCCCUUUUCCCCUGCCCCCUGGGCUUCGGAGGGGGGUGCUUGUGCCCCCAACUCCCUCCACGCUUUUGUGCCUUCCCCCUCUGGCCAGGCCUCUGGGCUCUACGGGGGCGCCCCUUUUUUGGAGGCAGGGUUCGACACUAAUGGACAGCAGGCAGGGAGAUGGCCCCCUGGCCCUGCCCCUCCCUCACUCCCUCUCCCUUUUCCCAAGACUGCUGGUCCACGCGCUAUCAUCACUGUUUUUAAUGCUUUUAUGUUUUUUUUUUUAAGCUGUCAACUCAUUUUCAUCUUUUUUUUUUUUUUAAAGAAAAAUGGAAAACUGUAAGAGGCAGGCAGCCCCUCCCCAGGCUUUCGGAGGCUGGCCUGACCCAGUAGAAGAAGGCUUGGGGCAGGAUGUGGCCAGCCGGAAGCACAGGAUGGCAUUUCUUUUAUAGACUUCUUGGUAUUUCAAUGUUGGGAGUGGAGGGCGGGCCAGGACUAUUCCCUGCCCAUGAAGGAAACAGAGAGUGCCAUUGGGCGAGGAGGCCCACCCUCCCCUCCUGAACCUCCUUCUACAAAGCUGAUCCUGCCAAUCAGGUCGUGGCUGCCACCCUUCCACCAAAAAAAAAAAAAAAAUCCCUUCCUUGUGGGAUUCUUGGGCAUCUCCUGCCUCCCUCACUCUCACGGUAAUUAAUGUCUUAAUUGGCUGUUGCCUGGGGAACCGGAGAGCUGCUGCAGGCAGAUGACCUCAUGGGGGGUGGAGGGAGGUGAGGUGCCCAGGUGGCUACUUGCCCUGCAGAGCUGGGAGUUCCUCCCCCACCCCCACCCCCUGGCCCUGUGCUCUCCCCACCUUUGGCAUCAUGUGGUCUGGCGGGGAGGCAGAGAGGCCCAGGGUGGAGACGGAAGCGGGUAUGAGGCCAGGUGGCCUGCUCCUUUUCUGGGCUUUAGCACAGGUGGGCACUCUGCAUCCCACCCAGCUCCCGCUGGCCUCCUAGUCUUGGGCUGGGGCCUGGAAAAGAGGAACAGGCUGCCCAGGGCUGGGUCAGCCCGCUGUGCACUUUGACCCCAGCUCCUUGCCAGCAGGGCUGCUAACAGACUGCCACUUGACUGCACUUGUGGGCACUCUCCGAGCAGCCAGGGAAGGAGCUGGGCCUCACACCAUCCACCUCCACACUGUCUCCUGGCCAGGUGCCCACCCCAGUGCCAGGUGGGAGAGGGAGCAGAACAGCCAGCCCCUUCCAGGUGGCAGUUGGAAGGGUAUUUUGUUUUUGUUUUUGUUUCUGUUGCCAUUUGUGUAAAUACUAGUCUUUUUUGGAAAAAAAAUAAUGUAAAGAUGUUUUGUAUAAACUCUGAA